AUGCCCCCCUCAAAUAACAGCAAGUUCCACCCCUCCUCUUUCCUCCUGCUGGGGAUUCCAGGCCUUGAAGAGAUGCACGUUUGGAUUGGGCUUCCUUUUUUCUCUGUGUAUUCGAUUGCUCUUGUGGGAAACAUCACUAUCUUGUUUGUUAUCAAGACAGAACAAAGUCUCCAUCAGCCCAUGUUUUACUUUCUGGCUAUGUUGGGCUCCAUUGAUCUGGGCUUGUCUACAUCCACUAUUCCCAAAAUGCUGGGAAUAUUUUGGUUUAAUUUAAAGGAGAUUAGCUUUGGGGGUUGUGUAACCCAGAUGUUCUUUAUUCAUAUAUUCACUGCGAUGGAGACUGUUGUGUUGGUUGCUAUGGCCUUCGAUCGCUACAUUGCCAUCUGCAACCCUUUGCAAUACAGUCUAAUUCUCACUAACAGAACUAUCGGGCUCAUCCUUCUGGUGGUCUUUGGGGUCAACUUCAUUUUGGUCAUCCCUCUGGUGUUUCUAAUCUUGAGGCUACCUUUCUGUGGACACCGUAUAAUCCCACACACUUAUUGCGAGCACAUGGGAAUUGCCCGGCUGGCCUGUGCCAACAUCAAGGUAAAUAUGAUAUUUGGACUAAUUCUUAUAUCAAUGGUGCUGAUAGAUGUGGUUCUAAUUGUCAUCUCCUAUGUGAGAAUACUCCGAGCUGUCUUCUGCCUGCCUUCUCGAGAGGCCAAACUCAAGGCCCUCAAUACAUGUGGCUCCCACAUCUGUGUCAUUCUAGUCUUCUUCAUUCCAGCCUUUUUCUCCUUCAUGACCCACAGAUUUGGAAGAAAUGUCCCUGGGUACAUUCACAUUCUCCUUGCCAAUCUGUAUGUUGUUGUUCCUCCUGCCCUGAAUCCUGUCAUUUAUGGAGUGAGAACUAAGCAAAUUCGGGAGCGGGUCAUAAGUAUCUUUGGGAAAACAAAUUGA